AUGAUAUCAUCCGGAAAGGCGGACUACAGACCCGUUUCCGAUCACAUCAGCGAUGAGGAGUUAGAAGACGAAGACGGCAUACUUCUUCAAUCCCUGUCAAUCCACGGUGAACUGAGGCCAGCUUCGCCGACACGCAUUGGUUCCGCCGCUUAUCCCAAAGAUCAUUCCAAUGAAGACUUAAUGACAAAGGUGGAUGAGGACGAUCCGGCGCGUAUGGUCGCAAAAGUUGUACCCGAAACAGAUGACCCAACGCUCACCACCCUGACAUUCAGAGUAUGGCUCAUCGGGGGCAUUUUAGGAGGAAUAGGCGCAGGGGUCCAGCAGAUCUUUUUCUUCAAAUCGAAUGGAGUUGGUUUCGGGGGAUUUUUUAUCAUCCUUGUCAGCUAUCCAUUGGGCAAGUUACUCGCUCGGAUUUUACCUAAGCGCUCGAUUGGAUGCCCGAAUCCGUUUGGAUGGUGGAGCUCCGCUAGCGGCGAUUCUUCUCGAUGGCUUGCUCGCAUUGAAUUAAACCCGGGAGAGUUCAGCAUCAAAGAGCACUUAUUGAUAGGUGUCUUAGCCGGAUGCGCUGCGUCAGCGGCUUAUGCAGGGGACAUUGUCGCUCAAGAUAUGGGUCAUUUCGGCUCAUUGCUUUUGAUCCUGUCUACCCAGCUUCUCGGCUUUGGGCUGGCCGGAUUUACGUACUCGAUUCUCAUCAGACCCACUGCGAUGGUAUGGCCCUCUUCGUUGGUGGUGGUCACGCUUUAUAACACACUUCAUUCCGUGGGAGGAGAUACUGAAGAAGGUAGAAAGCUCACCCGCGACCGGAUGAAGUUCUUUGCAAUUGUUUUUUUUCAAACAUCUAGCUAUGGGUAUUGCUCUUCAAAAUAUAUUGAUAAAUUUGCACGCCUUAUCCAGUUCAUUCCAUCAGUGAUAGCACCAACUCUGACCAGUAUAUCAGUCUUGUGCAUCAUCAACAAUCGAUCUGCAUUUAUGAGGGUCCUAGGAUCUGCUUUCGCACUUACUUUCUACUUUUAUGUCCGUCUUCACGCGCUUGCGUUAGACACUGGAGCCGGUUUGAUGACAUUUUCUUUGGAUUGGACGGUCAUCGGUUCUUCUGGCUCCCUCUUCACACCAUUCUUCUCUUCACUAAAUUUCUUUAUUGGUAUGAUCAUAUCAAUGUGGAUCCUGGUACCAUUGAUGUGGUACAAGAACUUCUGGAACAACCAAAGCUUUGGAGACAAUGCAGUUUCCGCUCGCUUGUACGAUCAAAAUUAUCAAAAGUACAAUGUCGCUGCUGUAGUUAAGCCGGACUUCACUCUUGAUGAAGCAAAGUUUGCAGGUGAGGGCAAUCAGCUUGGCGCGAGCUUUACCAGUAUACUUGAUAAUCUGACAUCUCUAUCUGGUAACUCGACAGAAUUGGGACCAAUCCAAUUGACACCCUACUUUGCAAUCUCCUACGGGAUCAGCUUUGCCGUUCUCACAUCUGCUGUUGUCACAGUCUUCUUAUUCCAUUGGGAGGACAUCAGCUCGGCACUUUCCGAUAGACACAAAAGAUCUUCAGAUGUCCACGUCGAGAUGGUUGAGAGGAAUUAUGGGAACGUACCCUGGACUUGGUAUGCGUGGGUCGGGGGUACUAUGUUCUUAGCUUCGGUCUUCGUCGUCAUGGUAUAUCCACUACAAGACCUGCGCGCAUCAACUGUCUCUCAGUGCCCGGUUUGGGCAUUGCUUUUAGCAUUGGGAAUGGGUAUCAUCAAAGCAACCACGAACACCCAGAUUGGCCUUAAUGUCAUAACCGAAUUUGUAGCCGGGAUACUAUUGCCUGGACGACCAUUGGCCAACGUGACUUUCAAGGUCUACGGUUAUAUGACGAUGAGUCAGUGCUUGGAUCUAGCUUCUGACUUGAAGCUGGGUAUCUAUGCUAAAAUCCCACCGAAGGAUAUGUUCUUGUGUCAGAUAGUAGGGACGUCAGUAGGCGCAGUGAUAAACUAUGUCUUCAUAAGAUCUGUAAUCGCCGACAAGAGAGCCAUGUUGGAUGGCACUGUCGAGGAUCCCACUGGUCAAUGGACUGGCAGAAAACCUGAAAUUUUCUACUCUGCCUCGGUGAUAUGGGGUCUGAUUGGUCCGAUUCGCUUCUUCGCUGGCAAAUAUCGAACACUAUUUUGGGGAUUCCCCAUCGGAGCUAUCUUGCCCUUCAUUCCUUGGGUUUUAGCAAAAUGGUACCCGCGAGUUCAGUGGAAGAAACUGAGUAUUCCUUUGUUGCUACACGGCUCUAUCAUCCCUCCACAAAUUCCAACCAAUAUUAUCACCUGUGGGUUGCUAGCUGCAUUCUUCUCACAGUAUUGGGCUUUACGGUAUCGACCGAAGUGGUUCGAAAAGUACAAUUACGUCCUGUCAAGUGCGUUGGACGCUGGUACAAGCAUCAACGCCCUGACGAUAUACGUAUUGAGCAUUCAAGGGUCAGAAUCAUGGUGGAAUCCUAAAAUUGAUGCAGAACAUUGCAAAGUAGGUAGUUGAUCAAUUUAAUCUUUAAGAUAAAUCUUGUGAUAUCCAGUAUAUAUAGAUUUAUGUACCAAAGCAUAUGUGGUCAUUUCAUUUGUUGUAAUGCAUAUCAUCGUCAGCA